UUUGCUUAACUUGACGCGAGAUGAUGCUGUGUCCUCCAGCAGCCAGCGUAGACAGUAAUGUUGUCUGGAUAUAUAAAAGCGGAUAGAGAUAUGUUUUGCCUUUAACACGCCUUAUUAUUAUUUUUAUCUUAUUUUAUACGCGUAUCAUACAACAUCUGUACGUGGCUUACAUCGUAGUGUCAACACAAAUGGAAACGCCUUGACGGUUUUGUUUGUCCUCUCAUCGCUGCCACAGUAGAGAACUACUGUAGAAAUUGCAUUAUUUAGAUUAUUUAAAUAAAAAAAUUAUAUAUAUAUAUAUAUAUAUAUAUAUCUUCGCUGUGGCUGAGUCUCGUACUUAACUAAAAACGCAUGUCGCCGUGACGAAUCCCGACUGAAGUGGAGAUAAACGUGGACACAGACGGACGAUACACGGACAAAGUGACCGGCCUCAGACUGUGUGGUUGCUUGGCUCUACAGUACCUGGAGUCAUUCCCCUGCGAAUGAUGGAUAAUGCUCACACUAAGACGGUGGAGGAGGUUCUGGGCUUCUUCUAUGUCAACGAGUCCACAGGCUUGAGCUGCGAGCAGCUGAAGAAGAACAGGGAGAGAUGGGGACCCAAUGAACUACCUGCAGAAGAAGGCAAAUCCCUGUGGGAGCUGGUCCUGGAGCAGUUUGAGGACCUGUUGGUCCGAAUCCUGCUGCUGGCUGCGUGCAUUUCCUUUAUUCUGGCUUGGUUUGAAGAAGGAGAGGGAACAAUCACAGCCUUUGUUGAACCGAUCGUCAUCCUCCUCAUCCUCAUCGCCAACGCUAUUGUAGGAGUGUGGCAGGAGCGUAACGCAGAGAACGCCAUCGAGGCUCUGAAGGAGUACGAGCCAGAGAUGGGCAAAGUCUACAGACAGGACAAGAAGAGCGUCCAGAGAGUGAGAGCGCGGGACAUCGUCCCUGGAGACAUUGUAGAAGUCGCAGUGGGUGACAAGGUCCCAGCUGACAUCAGGCUGACGUCCAUCUGCUCCACCACUCUGAGAGUGGACCAGUCCAUCCUGACGGGGGAGUCCGUGUCAGUGCUCAAACACACGGACCCGGUCCCGGACCCACGAGCCGUCAACCAGGACAAGAAGAACAUGCUCUUCUCUGGAACCAACAUCGCAGCAGGGCGAGCCAUCGGGGUCGUCGUGGCAACAGGAGUGCAGACAGAGAUCGGGAAAAUCCGAGAUGAGAUGGCCUCCACUGAUCCCGAGAGGACGCCACUGCAGCAGAAGCUCGACCAGUUUGGAGAGCAGCUGUCAAAGGUUAUCAGUUUGAUCUGUGUGGCAGUGUGGGCCAUCAACGUGGGUCACUUCAACGACCCGGUGCACGGAGGCAGCUGGCUGAGAGGAGCGGUUUACUACUUCAAGAUUGCUGUCGCUCUGGCUGUGGCUGCCAUCCCAGAGGGUCUCCCGGCGGUCAUCACCACCUGCCUGGCGCUGGGCACCAGGAGAAUGGCCAGGAAGAACGCCAUCGUCCGCAGCCUGCCGUCAGUGGAGACGCUGGGCUGUACGUCUGUCAUCUGCUCCGACAAAACGGGAACCCUGACCACUAACCAGAUGUCCGUCUGCAGGAUGUUUGUGGUGGACAGUGUGUCAGGAGAUCGCUGCAACCUGAGCGAAUUCACAGUGACUGGAUCUACUUACGCCCCUGAAGGGGAAGUCUACAAGGACGGCUCCGGGGUGAAGUGCAGUCGGUACGAAGGCCUGGUGGAGUUGGCCUCCAUCUGUGCGCUGUGCAACGACUCGUCACUGGACUUCAACGAAGCAAAGGGAGUGUAUGAGAAGGUUGGGGAGGCAACAGAGACUGCCCUCUGCUGUCUGGUGGAGAAAAUGAACGUGUUCGACACAGACCUGAGACGACUGAGCCCUGUUGAGAGAGCUACGGCCUGCUGCUCUGUGAUUAAGCAGCUGAUGAGGAAGGAGAUCACGCUGGAGUUCUCCAGAGACAGGAAGUCCAUGUCCGUCUUCUGCUCGUCCAAUAAACUCACUAGGUCCACUUCUGGAAACAAGAUGUUUGUUAAGGGAGCUCCAGAGAGCGUGCUGGAGCGCUGCACUCACAUCCGGGUCAGCGGCUCUGCCCGCGUGCCUUUGAGACCCGCGGUUCGAGAGCAGCUCCUGACCACUGUGAGGGAGUGGGGGUCAGGCCGGGACACGCUGCGUUGCCUCGCCAUGGCAACCAGGGACACGCCGCCGGACAUCCAUUCUCUCAACCUAGAGAACACGGCCGGCUUUGCUGAAUAUGAGUCGGACUUGACCUUUGUGGGCUGUGUGGGCAUGUUGGACCCCCCCAGGAAAGAGGUGCUUGGCGCAGUCCGAAUGUGUCGGCAGGCUGGCAUACGAGUCAUCAUGAUCACAGGUGACAACAAAGGGACGGCCCUGUCCAUCUGUCGGAGGGUGGGGAUCAUCACAGAGCAGGAGGAGGAGCAGGAGGGCGGCGGGGUCAACGGAGGCCUGACGGGCCGGGAGUUUGACGAGCUGCCCCCUCACCUGCAGCGGCAGGCCUGCCGCACGGUACGCUGCUUCGCGCGCGUGGAGCCGGCGCACAAGAGUCGUAUAGUGGAAUAUCUGCAGAGCCUGAGUGACAUCACUGCCAUGACAGGUGACGGCGUGAACGACGCACCGGCGCUGAAAAAGGCCGAGAUCGGCAUCGCCAUGGGCAGCGGCACGGCCGUGGCCAAGUCGGCCUCCGAGAUGAUCCUCGCCGACGACAACUUCUCCACCAUCGUGGCGGCCGUGGAGGAAGGCCGAGCCAUUUACAACAACAUGAAACAGUUCAUCAGAUACUUGAUAUCCUCCAACAUAGGAGAGGUGGUCUGUAUUUUCCUGACCGCCGCCCUCGGCAUGCCUGAAGCGCUGAUACCAGUCCAGCUGUUAUGGGUCAACCUGGUUACUGACGGUUUCCCAGCAACAGCCCUGGGCUUCAACCCUCCCGACCUGGAUAUCAUGUCUCGUCCUCCUCGCUCCCCCAAAGAGCCGCUCAUCUCCAGCUGGUUGUUCUGUCGCUACCUCAUCAUCGGAUGUUACGUGGGAGCAGCCACAGUUGGAGCUGCUGCCUGGUGGUUCAUGGCGGCUCAUGAUGGACCUAAACUUUCCUUCUAUCAGCUGUCCCACUACCUACAGUGCAGUGAAGGCCACAUGGAGUUUGCAGGAGUGCAGUGUUCGGUCUUUGAGUCUCCGUUUCCCAUGACGAUGGCUCUGUCUGUCUUGGUCACCAUAGAGAUGUGCAACGCCUUGAACAGUCUUUCAGAAAAUCAGUCCCUGCUGAAAAUGCCUCCCUGGUCAAACCCAUGGCUGGUUGGCGCCAUCUGUCUGUCCAUGGCCUUACACUUCCUCAUUCUUUAUGUUGACCCACUGCCGAUGAUAUUCCAGAUCCGCCCUCUGUCGUGGCCUCAGUGGGUGGUGGUGUUGAAGAUGUCACUUCCUGUCAUCUUCAUGGACGAGGCCUUGAAGUUCCUGGCCCGCAACUACAUCGAGCCGGGAAACCAGAUAUUGGAGGAGGAGGAUGAGGAGGAGGAGCAGAGAACAAGGGCUAGUGGGGGACUUGUUAGCGGCGUGAUGAGGAAGCUACGCCAGUGCCUGAAGGGCGUGUCCUGGUCAUUUGUGCUGAUCUCCGCACCGCUAGUCUCCUGGAUCUUCAGCCUGGACUCUGACAUCACUAACAUCUUCUGGGAGUGAUGGAAGACAGAGGGGUACAGGGGGACUGUGAGAGGGCAGGUUGAAAGUUUGUGGAAGACGUUUUCAGGAAGCGAGAGGCAAGGUGGAAGUUUGAUAAACACUCAAGAUUUGAGAAGGUAAGAAGAGAGUUUUCUAGAAAAGUAGACAAUCGGGAAAGUGUCACGAAAAGGUGCUUUAUGUAGCUAAUUAUCAAAAAGUUUAUUCCACAUGUCGACUCCCCAUGUUUUUUGCCGCGGGCAUGCUAACGUUGGCUGACGCUUGCGUCCACCACCUCUUUUUCAUAUUAGCAUAGCAUGCUAACCUACUAAUUUUUAUUACAUUUUCAAGAUUCUGUGCUUGCAUGAUGGACAUUAGAAAGUUAGUAUGCUAGCGUUAAUCAGCUUGUUGUUUCCGCCUUAACCUUUCUGUUGGCAUGUGUACUUUACUCAUUACUGUAACUUCUGGACCGUCUGUGGUAGCGAGAAAAUUAAAAAAAAAACUACAGGAAAGCAGAGAAAUCGAACUUUGUGCCCAAUGUGGUAGAACCUCGAGACUUCUGCUCAACAACCGUCCAAUUACAGACAAGAUUCACCAGACAAGAGUCUGUGACAUCAGCUUCUCAGUAAACGGUUGAAUAACUGUCAGAUAUGGAAAAGUGAAUGUUAUCUUGGAAAAAAAAGGAAGCAGAAGAACUCACUCUUUAACAUUUUUCUCGACAAUUCUACAGCCGUAAAAUCAGGAUAAAUCCAGGCAGUCUGAUGAUUUGUCAAACAGUUUGUCAAAUCCUGUCUAGGGCUAAAACUCAUGAUUAUUUUUGAUUAUUUUCUCAAUGUUUUCUUUUGUCCAUAAAAUGUAGGAAAAUGUACCAAACCUGAAAUCACAUUCAGAGAUUAGAAAACAUUCACAUUCAGAGAUUAGAAAACGUUCACACAUUCAGAGAUUAGAAAACGUUCACACAUUCAGAGAUUAGAAAACGUUCACAUUCAUACGUCAGUGUUUACCAAACCUGGAAAUCAUGAUGUUCUCGAAUGUCUUUUCAGUUUUUUUGUCAAAUGGAGCAAAGAAACCAGAAAAUAUUAAUAUUUAAGAAGCUGAAAAAUCACAAAUCUUGUAUGAAUUGUAAAAAACAACAACAACUCUAAAACUGAUUCAUUGAUGAUCAAAAUAGUUGAUUUAGUCAUUGAUUAACAAUCGAAUAAUCAUUGCAGCACUAAUCCUGUCAUUUUGAACCUUAAUUAAAAAAGGUAGAUAUGCACGUAAAGAGGACGUACUUUGAUCGGAACCAGACCAUGAACCACACAGUGUGUUGAUGAGUUUCUGAUAAUAAAAUGCUACAUA